UGAAGAAGUGGGUGGGAACAGGCUGGAAAUAGAGCCAUUUUGGCCAGAAAAUGACAAGACUAUAAGUUAAAGAUGCCUGGGCUGGGAGCGUGAGGACCCUUGAGAUGGUUCUGUGAAUAGAAUGUGGGAAAUAAGGGCUGUUUUGAAAGGAUGGAGACAUUAGGUUUGUGCACGGAGCAUGCAGAUAUCCAUAAUGAUAAAUUCAAUAACUCUGAACUGCAGAUAUUAGUGUGGGCUUUCAUGGGGAAGAAAAGAGGAGACCAGGGAGUCAUAUAGACUGAGAAAAGAAAAGGCACAAGCUUACACAAGAGUAUCUACAUUUAAGUAUCAAACACAGAAGUAAUCUGAGGAGCAGGGUUUGUGUAAUAAAGUAUGCUUUUUUUUUUUGCCCCAGCCAAGGGAGGGGACUUCAUAAAGGGAUGUGGAGAGAGAGGGGCUGAAAUGAGGGCUGGUCAGGUUGUUAUUUCAACAAUCACUCAAGACUUUUGGUCAUGAUAGGCCUCAUGCUAAUCACAACAAGCUGCUAUGGCCCCGAGGAGAAAGCCCUUACCAAAUGAAGUACUUCGACAAGUUUCUGGAUAGCUCAUAUUUAUAGUUCAUUUUAUAAAGUUCAGGGUCGCUCAAAAAUUCCAAAUAAAUUCUUUCAGUCUCUCAAGAUUCAGUGCUAGAAACUACAAAAACAGGAGGGCGGGCUGAAAGACCAGAUAUAUAAAGAAUAAUCAUUAAAUAUUAAUAAGCAGUCUCCUCCUGCUAAGCGAAAGGCCCUAGGAGAAAUAUCCCCAGGCGGACUAGGUUCCCGCCCCCUCAUGAAUAUGCAGAUAGCUGUCCGCCGCGCACUGCCCCGCCCUCUACUCCUCUCCCACCGCAACCGACUCUCCCUUCAAACGGGAAACAAGAUGGCGGCGGCAGGUCCGAGCACUCGGGCUUCUUCCGCUGCGGCCGCGGCAGCUCUGAGUCGGCGGGGCCGGAGGGGCCGCUGUGACGAGAUGGCGGCAGCGAAAGCCGGGGCUCCGGGCCCGGCCUCCAGCCCCGCGUUGUUAGUGUUGCGGUCAGCGCCACGGCCGGAGGAGUCGGGCUGCACCGGGUGCCUGGAGACCCCGGGGGAAGUGGCGGCCCUGCCGUGCAGCCACUCGCGGUGCCGAGGCUGCGCCUCGCGCGCGGCGGGCCCGGGCUGCCGUCGCUGCCGUCCCCGCGGUUCGGGCUGGGCCCGCCGUCGGGCGCGCGACGACGGCCAGGCCGCCGCGGAGCUGAUGGGCGAGCGCGCCCGUCGUGGACAGCCAGAACCCUGCCGCCCGCGCCGGGACGGGGGCGCGGCUGCCUCGGGGCCCAGGCCGGAGCCGGAGCCGCUCGCGGAGCCAGGUGGAGCCUCCCCUCGCCCCUGUGGGCUUCAGCCAGGCCCAGCCGCCGGGUCUGGCCUGGUGAGCGGGGUGGAGGGUCCCGGGCUCUGCUGCCGCGGGUGUGGAGAGUUCUGCUGGGGUCGCGACCGGGUUCUGCCCAGGCGCAGUAUGUGUUGGUGAAGGUUGAACUUUGGAGCGAACUGUACGCGUGUUGAAUUUGGAGGGGCAGUGAGGGGACCCCGCGCCUUGCGUAAGUCAGAAGUUUGGAAGGAAACAAUUCCUGGAACAAGUUAGGGGCAUGUUGAAGUUGGUGCGUGGAGGGGGAGGGGCCCUGGAGGAUCCCAGCAGCGCUUGUUUCAGUGUUGGGCAGAGGGCUUGGGGUCGCGCGGUCUAGGAGGGAUGUGUCUUCCAGGGCUGGAGAGAAUGAGGUGUGGGAUAUCCCAGGCUCAGGGGGAGCUUUGCAGACUUGAGAGCAGAGUGGGUUUUGAGGAUGAGCUCUCGUGUGAAGUUCUUUCUCAUGCUAUCUUGGGAAAAAAAAAAAAAAAAUAUAUAUAUAUAUGCAUGCUUAGCGCAGAGCUUGCCACACAGGAUGAGAUAAAUGCCAUCUAUUUUGGUGAUAAUACUAAUCAUAAACGUUAGUGGUGCUUGAUGAAGAAAGCUGGGUGGGAUUUAAGUUUUGGAGACAAAGAUUGGUUUGGCUGGGGGCUGUUUUCUGUCUUUCUAUGUAAGUUUCAUCUAUGAUGCUGGCAACUUAAAGGUCUGUUGUAGGACUCUUGGCCUGAACUCCUUUGCCUUUCUCACCGUCGGCAGCCCAUCACUUGUUGGUGCUGAAGUCUGAGAUAGAAAAUUCCGUUUGUAACAUGAACCGAGACCUAGGCUUCUUUGGUGCAAGCCUAAGCAACAUACCUACAGCUGAGAUUUUCAAGAACCGUGAAUCAGGAAAAGCCAUUUGCUAGCCCUUUUAUGUUAGGAAUUCUGCCUUACGUCGUUUUCAGCAGAAGGAAGGCAUUGCUUUGUGUGUAUAUGAAAGUGCAGUUCCUAGAAACUGUAGAGUCCAGAAUGCAUCUAUUUUUGGUUCAAGCAGAGACACCUGCCAAAGACACCUUGUUUUUCAGUCUAAGGGCUGAGAUGCUCUGCAUUUUACUUUCUGCGUUUCUUGUUAUCCCUUCCAAAACCAUCACAGUGCUCUUGGUUGUACCUUUAUUUCUAUUUUAUAGGUGAAACUGAGGCCCAAAGAGAUUAACUAACUUGUCUUAUGAUGAAAGUACAAUUCCAUAUGAUUUUCUCAAUUUAGCUUGCUUUAAUUUCUGAGAUUAUAAAUAUAAGCAAUUUCUCUGGUCUCCCUACUACAUUGACUAUAUGGUCAAAUAGAAUAGCAGUUCUCUUUAUAUAUCUCUUGGAGCUGUUAUGAAACAUCCACCUUGAAAUUUGAAUUAUGAAAGAAUGCAUUGCUUAUUGAUUUGUGUAAACUUUUCCCACUAAAAGAAAUUUGUUUAAAUAAAGGAUAGGCUAUUAGUGAUUAAGGACAUUUACCUAAAAUGAGAAUCCAUAGGACUUGUUAAGUUACUUAGUAUCUUUCAGUUAUAUGUGGGUCAUAAUGAAAAGUAUUUUCCCUAAAUUUACUUUUUGGAUCAUUGCAAUCAUAUGUUUGUCCAGCUAAAUAAUUUUAGAAGAAUAGAAAAUACUGCCGAGCCAGUCAUGGUGAUGCAAACUUGGAAUCUCAGUAUUUGGGAAGUGGACUCUGGAGGGUCAGAAGUUCAAGGUUAUUGGCAUCAUGGGAAGCCAUUUAAAAAACAAAACUUAAAAAAAAGGAAUUGCUGAGUAGGGCUUGGAAACUAUCUUUUAGCAUUGGUAGGUAUUUACUGAAGUUAUACACAAUCUAUUUUAAUUAAAACUUUAACAACGGGGUGGGGGCAGCAAGAAGUCACCAGCAGUGCCAACCUAACAGUGAGUUCAGUUCAGGACUUCCGUAGUGAGGGCAGAGAACUGACUCUGAAAAGUUGUCCUUUGAUCUCCACAUGUGUGUGGUGGCAUGUGCACCUACCUCCCAAAAUAAAUAAAGAAAAAUGUAAUAAAUACAAUGUUGAGUGUGUUAGGGCAAGCCUAUAAUCCCACAAUUGGGAGGUAGAGACUAGAGAAUAAAUUCAAGAUCCUUGAGUACAUAAUAAAAUCCAGGCCAGUCUGGGCUACAGGAGGCUCUGUCUCAACAGAACAAAACCAAUCUCAACAACCUUGUAUCACUCGUGAGUUGAGGGAAAUGGGAGAAAGUAUUCAUUCGGUGAAUGUGCUUUCUUCCCAUUUCCAGGGUCACCGGUGUUUUGUUUACUCUUUCACAGUUUGUGCAUCUGCAUGAAAUCCAAAUCAAAAUAAAAUACAUAUUUGCUAUGCUAUACACACUGUUCUCUGUGUGUGUGUGUGUUGUUACAUGGGCACACAGGACAGAGGGAUGUCAGAUACCUUUCUCUCUGCCUGUGGUUCCCAACCUUCCUAAUGCUUCCACUCUUUAAUAAAUUUCCUCAUGUAGUAGUGAUUCCCAACCAUAAAGUUAUUUUUGUUGUUCUUUCAUAACUGUAUGUUGCUACUAUUAUGAAUUGUAAUGUAAAUAUUUGUGUUUUCUGAUGGUCUUAGGUGACCCCUGUGAAAAGGUUACUCAAUCUGCAAAGGGGUUGAGGCUCACAGGCUGAAAACUACUGCUUUAUGCCUUUCUGCUUUGAGAUGAGGUCUCUGACAGAACUGGGAGCUCUUCAUUUUGCUAGGUUGACUGGUCGGCAAGUUCUCACAGUCCCCCAGUCUGUCCCUCAAUGCUGAAGUGACAGACACCUGUAACUGGGCCUGGCUUUUUUUUUAUAGGGAUUUGAACUUAGGUCAUCCUUGCAGGUCAAGCACUUUUACCCACUGAGCCAUCAUCUCCCUAGCUUGUAAAGUUCUUUUUCUGUUUAAUAAUACAUGCAUACUAGAAGAGAAAAUGUCUUUAGCCUUUUUACAGUUGUAUGGCAUUUUAUUAAAUGGAUAUAACAUUAUUUAGCUAUCUAUUGGUGAACAUUUAAGUGGAAUCUUAUAUUUUGCUAUUUUUUUUAAACUUAAAAGUAUAUAUGUAUGAGUGUUUUGCCAGCAUGGAUUUUGUGUGUGUGUGUGUGUGUGUGUGUGUGUGUGUGUGCAUGUGCGCGCUUGCCUAAAGUGGCCAGAAGAGGGUGUCGGGUUCCCUGGAAUUGGUGUCAUAGAUUUUUGGGAACUGGUAGGUGGGUGGGUGCUGGGAACUGAGCUUGGGUCCCCUGGAAGAGUAGCUAGUGCUCUUAAGCACUGAGCCAUCUCUCUCGACUCAUAAUUUUAAAAAAGUUGUUUUGUAACUGUAUGCAUUUCCAUGGAGAAGUCACCCAUAGCUUGAACAGAUUUAUAAAGAGUUUGCUAAAGAAAAGAAGAAGUUAAGGAUGGUUUCAUUCUGGGUCCUCAUUGUUGCACAGAGAAAAGUGACAGGGAGGCAAGAACUACUAGUUAGAAGUUGCAGUGAGGUAGUAGAUAAACAGAAGCUAACAGAGGGACACAUUGUGUAAAAGACACAGUGCAGACUGUGGACAGGGGAAGGUUCAUGUUGACUUUGUUUUGGUUUUUGAUGAGAUCUGAAGUUAGAGUCCAGCCAGCCUGAACUAUUCUCCUGCUGCAGUUUCCUGAGUGCUGAGUGUGCAGGUGUGAGGCUCCUGAUGGCUGUUAAUGGAGGAGCCUGAAGUAUUUGCAUUGUGAUUUCAUGAGUAGAAACCUCAGCAGCAGGAGGGCAUUUGUAGGCGCCCUAGCGAGUGUACCUCUUGGUGGUUUCUUACAGAACAGUUAUGUACAGAAGGUGGGGUUGGCCUGCUUUGUGCGACUGUCCCUGGUGCAAUGCUGUUUAAGUGAGAGUCUGUUGUGUUUGCUUGCUGGCUUGUUUAGUUGAGGCUAGGUUGUGUUGUGUUGCAGAGGCUGCUUUUGAACUCCUGCAGUCCGCCCACUUUCUUUUUUUUUUUUUUCCUGUGUUGAGACAGGACCUUGCCUGUGGAGCCUUGGCAGACAGUAAACUUGGGGACUUCCACCCUUUGUCGCCCAAGUGUGGGAUUGAAGCAUGGGCCACCAUGCACAAUUUAUUUAUUUUUAAAAAAGAUUUCAAAAUUCUCUUUUAGGGUUGUCUAUGAAAUAUAAAAGUAUAAUUUGUGCUUGUUGAAAUUUUGGUUGUGUUUUUGACAUUUUUGUGGCUUGAAAUUUAUUUACUUUGAGACAGGGUAUCACUGUGUAUCCAGGCUGCUCUCAGACUCAUAGCAGCCCCUUAGCCUUCUUAGUGUGCUGGCUUGCAGGUGUAUACUACCACACCUGGCUUAUUAGUUUUGUUGAUCCGUAAAACCCUGUGUGUGAAGGCUACAGCAGUGAUCAUGUCAAGACUGGCUCUGAGCUGAACUUCACAUUCUUUGAGGCUGUGCAGGUCCUUGUCUGUGAGGUUGUACUAAGCUUUGGUAUUGUCUUGAACAGUAUGCAGGGUUUAUAAUGAAUAGCUACAUUUUGUUAAGUAUUUUUCAUACCAGCAAACAAAAUAUAAAACUCUCUGUCAUCCAAUUUAUAUUCUAGAUACAAAAGCAUUCUAAUGUGUUGAUUUUAAAAAUAUGUACUACACAGGUGUAAAUAGUUUUAGAACUAUAAUAAUUGUAUUUAAGUCAUAUUGAAAAUGAUUAAAGAAUUUUGACUUAAAGCCAAAAGAGCUUCUAAAUUAUACUGUCUUUGAUCUUGAAAAUGGAACUUUUUAGCUUUUAGGAUAAUUCUUUUUCUUCCACUAUAGGUAAUGAUUAAAGUAAUAAGCUAGACAAAGGCUGAUAACAAUUUUAAGCUGGCAGACUUUUUUUCUUUUUUUGUCUUAAAAUCAAAUUUCAAAAAUAUAGUAGAUGAUAGGGUUCAUACUGUCUCAUUUAUCCUUCCUUUGUAUCUCACAGUCUCCACACAAACAUCCCUGUUCACACUUCCUGCUCACUUAUGAUUAACACACACUUUAAACAUUUGUUUUCUGUGAAAAGCCAAUAGUUCUGGUCUGUUAUUCAAUUGUCAGACAACAUCUGCUAAGCGUGUUGCCUAAAUUCCUUGUAGGACGAGUACAUAAUGCAAUUAUGUGAUGGUGUAAAAGGACAGGGCUUUCUCUGGUCUGUAGGGCUUGUUUCAGACUAUCUGAGGUGACUCAUCCCUUUCCCUAAUGACGAAAUGAGCAUAUACCAUUGUGUUGCACUAAAGCAGACUCCAUGUGCCUCACACUUGCUGAUGUGCCCUACAAAGCUCAUGUUGACAUUACCUCACCAUCUACUGACCCCGGAAAUGAAUUACCACUGAAGGAAUUAAUUCCUCAGCUCUUGGGAGUCAAACUGAACAGCAGGAAUGCAGGUGGUAUCGGCUUCCUUCCUCUCACUUCUGCUCCCUGGCAUCCAGUUGAUUUAGAAGCGUUGCCCGCCUUGAGUUCAUUUAUAUGUGACUUGGCUUGACAAUAUGGUAAUCCAUUUUAGUCACAUUUUGUUUGAAUAAUGUAAUUAAUGAUUAUUUGGUUCCUAUUAGUUAGGACACAGUGUCCAGAAGAGGGUGGAAGGUCGGGGACAGACUUGUUGGGCGACGGUGGACUUUGGAUGCCCUGUCAAAGGGUGAGGAUGCACUAAGGAAAGAGGAGCCUCUUUUGCAUUUCACAUGUGUUGGAAACCCCAGUUGUCUUUGAAAGAUGGUAGACUGUACAUAACCAAACAAAUGGGGAAUACAGAACAGGGACUUCACACAUUCCUGAGGUUGCUGGGAGACAGUAGUCAACAGACAUGGAGCUAUCUAAACCGUUAAGCCCUGUGCCCACAGUGUUUUACCCUGUAGUAGGCUCAAGGGACUCAGUGAAGCCAGAGUGAGUGAGAAGGUUCUGUUUUAAAGACUUGUGCAUAGCUCAGGGUCUUCAUGGGCUGUGUUCCCUGUGAAGGGAUUAGCAAACAGACAAACAAACAACUACCCUCGGUCACAAAGAGAGAACAAAAAAAUCUUGUCUUGAUUUGCCUGGGCUUUUUGCACAGCGGAAAUUAAAAAACAAAAACAAAAAAAAAAGCUUUCCUAAAAAACAAAUCAUAGGAUAUGUAGCUCACUCACAUUUAAGAUGUGAAAGAUUUUGCUUGGUUCAGAUAGCCUUAUGGUGAGGAAUUAGUAUUAAAAAGAUAUAUCUCCAGCUAGUGAACUAUGCACAUCACAUGGCACAUGGAGAAACUAAAGCAAGAUUUUCAGGAACACUCUCCUACCCAGACGGUCCAGGGUCCUUCCAGAAGGAAGAGGCCCAGCUGUGGGUAAACUCAGUGGAACGACAGUUUGAGCCCCCAGGGACCCACAGACAGGAGAAUCCAUACACAGGAAGCGAGGACUGGAGUGUAGAGUGUCAGUUCACAGGAUAAUUAAAAUAGCAUAGUUCAAAAUCGACACCCCAAUGAACGGACAUGGUUCAGGACUAAAGGUAUUCCAGAAUGGAGGAUCUUUUAUAUACAAUAAAGAUAUCCAGAACUGAACACCUCAGUGAGUGAACAAGACAGGAAAUAAUCUGUAGAACUCACUGUGAUGGAAGCCUCUAGUCAGUGAGGCUGCAGCUCAGCAAGGCAAACCGGGCUCUAAAGUGGCCUAGUGUGUGAGGAAACGCCCAGAAAAUAGAAAGAGAACUGAAGAGAUUGAUCAGGAAGCUCCAAGGGUUAACCCGGGGGUGGGGAGUGGGGAAAGAAGAUAGAGUGAAGGGGUUAUAGACUGUGAAGAUGUGACGACUUGAGAUGAUUUCAGAAUGAAUACCCCCUCUCUCUCAAGAUUUAUUUAUUAUUAUACAUAAGUACACUGUAGCUGUCUUCAGACACCAGAAGAGGGCAUCAGAUCUCAUUAUGGAUGGUUGUGAGCUACCAUGUGGUUGCUGGGAUUUGAACUCAGGAAAAAGCAGUCAGUGCUCUUAACCUGCUGAGCCAUCUCGCCAGUCCAACCCUGUCUCUUAAGACUCAUGAAGUCCAGCAAGAAUUGGAAACACCCAGGGCCCCUAUAACUAAACACAUUGUGGUGGAACUGCAGAACAUCAAAUCCCCUGGCUGGGGAUUGGGCCCAGUUUCUAAGUUACAAAACCAAAUAGCCCAGGAAAGUUAGAACAAUAAUAGCAGGUCAAGUCCAAACAAAGGAGGUACAAAAUAGGAAAGAAUGGUGACAUUCUCAUCUGAGGCACUGGUCUUCCCUGUAAGAUGGAAGGAAGACAGUGCAGCUUUUCCAGCAGUGCGUAUCUGCCUCAGGGGAACUCACAGGUACGCGUCCUCACACCAUUCAUCUCCAACUGCAGAACUGGGAAAAGUGAACAGUUUCCUUGAGAUAAAUUAUGGGUCACUUCUGUAACUGUUACUAUAACGAAUGAGCAAAGACCCUAUGUAUCGUCAUGAAUAAAUCUUGAAAAACUGUGUAGUGGAAAGUUACAAAAGGCUCUAGCUGAUGCCAUUUAUACAAAUAAGGUGCACACAAAGGUGGGCUUAUUUGAAUGGGCAGAGGUCUGAGAGAUGAAAAGUCAGCAAUAUCUACUAUUCUUUCUGGCAGUUAGGUGUCGAGAGAAAGAAACUGAGGCAUAAGAAGGCAGGGAGAGUCCACUUCUACAGAAGAGCAAAGCAGGUUUGACUCAGGACUCAAGGUGCUUUUGGAGAGUCCCCGUUCUUGGGAUUAUGGUAGAACUUGAGAGCCUAAUUGACAGAGACCACCUUUCCCCAUUGCCAGGUACUGCAGGAAGGACAAGCUGUCCAUUUGUUUAUGAAUUGCUGCUGGUUUCCAGUUGCUGGUAGAAAGGAGUUAAUGGUUAAGGAAGGUCAGGGCCAGGCCUACCUAGUAAAUUAACAGUGACAAAGUGCUUAUGUGCCAAGAAUUGGUCUCUCCCUCCCUUCCUCUCUCCCACCCCCUUUGUGUGUGUGCCCAUGCACAUGUGUGCACUUGUAUUUAUCGAGGCUAGAGGACAGCCUCAGUGUCAUUCCUUAGAAUCUAUCCAGCUGGGGUCUCUUGUUUUAUUGAUUACUAUAGGUUGGCUGGCUAGAAAUCUGCAGGGGUCAUCCAGCCGCCACCGCCCCAGUGCUGGUAUUACAAAUGCAUGCCACCUUUUCACAUAGGUUCUGAGGAUCAAACACGGGCCUCCUGCUCACAAGACAAACGCUUCACUGACAUUUGCCCACUUUUUGUUCAUUUUAGCUCUAGAUAUGGAAGGUGAUCCCUAAAUUGUUAAGCUGUUGUACUAUGUGGUUAUUGGCAUCUAAACAUGAAUAGUCAUUUCUUUUCUCUCUCAGAGUAACAUCUUUUAGUUUGUUUGUGAGUAAUACACAUAAAUAUGUUUAUUUCCUAUACUAGUUUUUGUGUGUGUGUGUUUCAGUUUUCUGGUCCAUAAAGAGUAAACAUCACAAGCUGUACUGGGUUGCUGUAAGAUGUAGGUAGGAAUGAUGUGUGAAAACACUUAGUGUAGAGCCCAGCAUGUAAGCACUAGUCAAUGUCAGUUUACUAGGUAGCUGUUCCUGACUGGGUCGAUCGGCCUCAGGUCUGUGUGUAUAGCUUAAUCCUCUGAGUGCUGUAGCCUGCUUUAAAUUCUGCACUCACUCUCCCUUUAUCACUUCUCUGACGUUGGUGGAGGUGCUAGGUGUUCGCUUUCUUCUGCGUAAAUGGCUGUAGUAAUGGCAACAGCCCCUGGGGAGUAUUGCAAGGGUUCAAUGAGAUAUUCAAUAUAAUGUUUAGCAGUGAUAUUUAAACAGUAAAACCACUUUGAAAAGGGAGAUGGAAUAAUACUUCACGUUUUUAUGAGAUUUUAAUUUUAUGAGAUUCCCGGUAUGAGCGAGUAUUUCUUGAGCUCUUUUUCUUCUGUUUGUUUAUUUUGUCUGGUGUGUUAGUUUUUCUUUUAUCUUUUUAUAUUUUAUUUUCUAAUGAGAGAUGGAGGGAGUUCUGGAAGUAAUAGAUGGAGGAAAAACCAUAAUCAGGAUAUAUUAUGUAAGGGGGAAAAUCUAUUUUCAAUAAAAGGGGGAGGAGCAGAAUAGACAUUAGCAUAGUGAGUGAUUUAUGUUGUACACAUGAAUUUGACAUGAUCUGAGGAAUGAGGUAAAAUGUUUCUUACUGUGAAUUGUGUUUUUAAAAGUUUGAAAGUUACUGGCUAGCAGUCCAUAGUAUUUUCAGUAAUGUUAGCUACUUUUUAGAACCUUUUUAUUUCCAAUAGAUACCUACCAUAAAAACUCACUCUCUCUCUCUCUCUCUCUCUCUCUCUCUCUCUGUGUGUGUGUGUGUGUGUGUGUGUGUGUGUGUGUUUGGAAAUCUGGUGCACAGAUGUCUUCACAUUUGCUAGAGAAAAUGAUUAGGUUUUGCAGUUUAUAGGACUAAGUUUAUUGGUGACUAGGUUUGAGCUAACAUGCUGAGAUCAGGACUGAGGUGUGGGGAGGGUACCUGAUGUCUGUGGUGCUCUACCUGGCACCCAGUAGGUUCUUAAGUAUGUUCUGGAUGAAUGGGAAGACUGUCUUUAGUAGAGCCUAAAUUCAGAAUGUCUCUACUUUAAUACCAACCUGAUAGAGUCAUAGACAGAUUUGUCUGUUUUGUUGAAUUUCAUAAGCAGUCAUAAGACUUAUGUUUUUUAAGUUUAUCCACAUUUAUAACUUGACUAUAACGUUUAGGUUGAUGUCAGAUGCUGACUGAGUCCUGCAGGCUACCUGUGGACGGAGCGAGAAGGGAGAAGGGCAUUCUGCAAAUGUGCCCUCAGGCCACCGCUUCUAUUUCAGCCUCUGAGGCUCAGCAGGGUUCUCAUGUAGUUACACUUUUACUGAGAUCAGAAGGAUUGUAAAAUGCAUAUAUGGUUAGCUAUAGCUUCUACUCUCAACUAAAGAGUAACUUUUUUGUAUACUGAAAAGUAUUCUGGAAGAAAGAUAGUAUUGAAAAGUAGUGGAUCUGAAUGAAUUCUGUUACAGAGCCCUGUUGUAGCUGAGGCUUUGGGCAAGCUUCUUAAACUCUGCACUUAAAUUUCAUUUGUAACUUUGAAUAAUGGUUGCAUUGGAGUGCGUGUGGAUUAGAUAAGAUGGCUUAUGUCAGGUGCAUAGAGCAAGUAAACACCUAACGUUAGCCUUUAUUAAUUGUUUGUUAAUGUAUUCAUUGAUUAUUGUGCCAAGCAGGCAGCUAGUUCUUAGGGACACACACAGAUUAGUAAAUUCCCAAGCUUCUGUGAGGAAAGCUGCGACACUCGUUAUGACAGUGAGUGUGCAGAGUGGAUGUGUGGAGAGCAGAACCUAGCUAUGGAGACACUUAGAAGUCAUUUGCAUUCAGGACGGGAGAACUGACCACUGCAAAGCAUGGUGAAGCAAGUGACGACUUUAUGUAAGCAUGGUUAACGAGGAUGUAUUUUUGUCAAGACUUUUUACUUGCUGUCCUAGUCAGCUCUAACUGUCAAGUUGAUUAUCUAGAAUUAUCUGAGAGGAAAACAUUGAUUGAGGAAUUGCCCAGAUCAGAUGGGUCUGUGGGCAUUUUUGUGGGGGAUAUUUGGUAAUUAAUUGAUACAGGAGGGCUCAGCUCACUGUGGAUGGCACCAUCCCCACCAGGUGCUUCUGGACCAUGUUAGAAAGGUAGCCAAGCAUGAGCCUGGGACUGAGCCAGGGAGUAAGCUUGCAAGCAGAGUUCCCCAUGAUUCCUGUUCCAAAUCCUUAUCCUGACAUUGCUCACAUAUAGACUGUGACCUGGAAACAGAAGCCAUAGGACCGCUUCUCCCCUCGGUGGGUUUGGUCAGGGUGUUUUAUCACAGCAACAGCAAGGAAACGAGAGCUUGUAUAAAUGUGUGGCUCGUGUGCACCCAAGUGUUGUGAGUCUCAGAGUCUGGGAAAUGUCUACUGCAUCACAAUUUUUCAUGCAUCUGUCUUGUAGAGUGUGAAAUUUAGUAACUCUGCAUCUCUGCUUCUUGUGAUUCUCUCUCAAUGCAGAUGCUCUGACAGAAUUUAGCAGGCUUGUUAAUGUAGAUGAAGGAUUUGUCAGAUGUAGGCAUUGCUCAUUACUAGCAGGAAAGUUUUGGAGGUGAAAGAAUUAGCAUUUGUGGAAUUUACUUCACCUAUAUGCUAAGGCUUUGUGCUGUGUUUAAUGGAGAACUCCUACUAUGUGUAAGGCACUGGACUAGGUGCCUAGAAGGGUGGACUUGAGAGCACAAGUGUAUUAAACAGAGGAAUGCUGAGGGAGCACUGCACUGAUCCUUUGCACUGGAUGAGUAUGUUUCAUUCUGCUGGGGGAGAACGCAUUGUAAGAAGCUUUAGGGGUGGCGGAGCGAUGAGAGCACAAAGGACGGCACUUGCUGGUUAUUCGUUCCCAUCUUUCCAGCGGGAGCAGAUCCUGUAACGACACGUGAGAUACUCUGCCCAGAUUUGUGUUUCAGUGAAGCUUGUAUUUUGGUUUUAGAGAUCCUUAGUUCUUAGACUAAGUAUAAUUGUCUUUGCACAGUGGAGUGUGAACUGCUGUGCGUUUGUACUGUUUCACCAUCCUUGGGUAACACGGCAGCCUGCUUGGGCACUUUUUAAAGCAUUUGGUACAGUAGUUGAAUGAAAUCAACCACAGAAACAACAUCAACCACAGCAACCAAAGAACCCAUAGAAUGGCCUGAAUUGAGAACUAAAAACAAGAUUGCAGAAACAGAUAGUCUAAGUCUGUUGAAAGGGAGCAGAGAAACCAGUGCCUGUGGGGAUAAGAACUUAAGCUUUCCUUGUAAGAGAGGUGAGUCAAGUCACCAACAGAUGUGUUAGGCUUCUGUGUUAUGGUGGAGGGGAGAACUUGCUGGUGCCAGAGACUUUGAGUAGAGAAAACUGAAUGUGGAAGUUUAUAUUCUCAUUAGAUAUUCAACCAACGCUUUCGAAGGCACUGAAUGACAGUUGGUGUCUUAGCUAAGGUUUCUACUGCUGUGAAGAGACACCAUGACCUCAGCAAGUCUUAUAAAGGAAAACAUUUAAUUGGGACUGGCUUACAGGUUCAGAGGUUCAGUCCAUUAUUAAUAUGGUGGGAAGCAUGGCAAUAUACAGGCAGACAUGGUGCUGGAGAAGGACUGGAGAGAUCCAAAGGCAUCAAGAGACUAUGUGCCACACUGGGUGUACCUUGUGCAUAUAAGACCUCAAAGCUCGCCCCCACAGUAACACACUUCUUCCAGCAAGGUCUCACAUAUUUCAACAAGGCCAUACCUCCCUCCCAGUUGGUGCCACUCCCUUUUGGUCUGUGGGAGCCAAUUAUGUUAAAACUACCACAUUUGGAUAUAUGUCAGGAGAUCCUCUCUCUAUCGCAUCCCUAGGUAGUGAGGCAGAUCCAAGCCUCUGUAGCAAGUAUGAUACAUGCUAGUGCGUUUAUAGACUGCUCUCAGCCGGGUUGGUAAUGUAUUUCUCUCUGGGUUAGUAGGAAAGCUUUGGAAAAGAGAAGGCAGAGAAAGGGUUUGAGGUAUGGGUAGAGAAUCAUCACACAGUGAAGGAGAGAAACAAGUGUGAAGUCACAGUGUAAAUCAAGUUAGGAAUAGUGGCGUGGGUGAGAGCUAGGGACCGACUUACAGGAAGGGUAGAGGAUAUAGCUCGAGUGGUAGGGUUGGGGUCCUGUUGCAUAUGUGUUAGAGGGGGUUAAAAGCUACCAAAACUUACUCGUUAGGAGGAUGAUAGUGUCAUGUCGCUUUAUACAGAACUAAAUGUUGAGGCUGUGGAAACAGUGUUGAGGAUAUAUGGGAGACAAAGAGUUUGAGAAACAGGGAGCCUGCCAUUGGGUGUGCACAUACACUGUUUUCAGUAAUGCUGGAAGAUGAGAUGAGAUGAACUGUUAAGACAGAGCCAUUUUAUGGUUAAAGAAUCAAAUUAGCAAGGAUGAAUACUGGAGGUAAAUCUAGGAGAGGGUACAAUUGAAUGCAAGUCGGUUUGGUUCUGGAUCCCGGACUGUUUCUAACUUAGGAAUCAUUUUGCUAAUGGUUGUUGUCUUAGUCAAUGUCCUAUUGCUAUUAUAAAGGAAAACAUUUAAUUGGGUCUGGCAUACAUUCUUAAGUUUAGUCCAUUAUCAUCAUGGCAGGGGGCAUGGUGGCAUGCAGGCAAACCUGGUGCUGGAGAGGCAGCUGAGAGUUCUACAUCCAGAUCAGCGUGGGGGGUGGGGUGGGGAGGAGGACCUGGCUUGAGCAUUUGAAACCUCAUCGCCCACCCCCAGUGACACACUUCCCCCAACAAGGUCACACCUCUAAUAGUGCUACUCCCUGUGAGCCUAUGGGGGUCAAUUAUAUUCAAAUCCACAAUUGUGAAUGAUAUUUUGCCUCACAUGGCAGCAGAAAUCGAAAGCUGUUUUUCCAUGGUGGUGGUGGCUGUGUUGCUGUGGACACCUGAGGAUAAGAGCUCUGAGGCCCAAGCCCUUCACUGUGGCUGCUUCUGAGCCCUGUGCCUACAUCUGAUCCUGUGGCUCUUUAAUCAUAGACUUUACUGAUGGUCCAUCACAGGUUGCCUAACAAGAAAAUGGCGUCUUGGGGGUUGUUUUUAGACUCAGCAUGGAAGUCUUAUUUGCUUGACUAUUUCUAUUUCUGCUUUUGCAAGUCUGUCUGACCUUCCUUGUGUAUUCCCAGGGCCUAUGUCUCUGUUGUGACAGUCACUCAGUAAUCAUUGCUCCAACUUCAUCCCUCCCACCCCUGCCACUCUCAGAGGCAUGUCAUGUCACUUUGCACUUUAGAUGCAGAGAUACAUUGUUUUGUGUCUAACCCCCGGGGUCUAGUCCCGCCUUUAGGCCUCCUCAGCAGCCAUUUCCAGCCUUCUCCACUCAGCAUCGUCUUCCCUUGCUGUCUAGCGCAUGCAUCCUAUGUUCCGCUCUAGUUCACAGUGCACUCACACAGUUUACGAGUGGCUUUCUUGGCUUUGCUAGAAUGUUUUCUUGAUCCCUGCCAUAACUAACCCCUUGCAGGGAGCCUGGCCCUUUUGAUUAUGUUAGCGCCUGUUGGUCCUUUCUUUUCCCUUCAGAUUUAUUCCUGUGUCUGCAUUUGCCAUAUAAUUACUUCAUCUCAUAAUUUGAAAAAAAUAGUUGGGUCUCAUUUGUGCUUUUAUCAUGAAAUUGUGUUUUACUUACAGUGCUUAUGAAGUAUGUGGAUUUUAAAUUCUUCUGGGUACAGUGGAACAGAUUGUAGCAGACAAAGACUCCUGCUGAGAAUAACUAGAAGAGCCUUAUUUAAAAAAAAAAAAAGAAAAAGAAAAUCCACAUGAGAGCACUGUAAGGUUGCCAAGGCAGCCAGAGCUUCAGAUUUGGAUUCUUGGUGAGGGGAGGAAGCAGCUAGUGAGAAGCAGAGAGUCAGCUGUGCUCUCCUCGUGGGCCUGAGGAGAUAGAAAAGUGUAGCUCAGGGCGCCAGGCAGCCAGACUCGAGAGGCCAGGACCCUAGUAAGGAGGAGCAUGGCCCCACCUCCUGACCCUUGGAGCAUCUGCUGGUUAAAGUGGGUAGGGUAAAAAGGCUGGGGAGCCUCACAGAAGCCUUGGAGAAACAGGCGGCCUUAGCGUUCCUUCAGGGUAGAGGAAGAAAAUGCCCGGGAGCUCCUGAGGAAGACAGGCCUGAUGAAUGCUGGGAUCUUCGUUGGACCCCUGUGGGGUGUGCACAAGGGCAGAGUCAAGUUUACAGUCUGGAAACUGCAGGCAGUUUGGAGUCUGUUCAUGUUCUCUUUAGGUUGUGGGGUGAUUUACGUUCAUUCUGACUGCUGUUAGGGAACAUGGCGAGCCUCAGCAGGGAGAUGAUGUCAUCCAGAGCUGCUGUGAGAGUUUAUAUUCAGAACGCCAAUCAAGUUAAGCAAGCCGGGAGAACUCAGUGAGGAGUAUGGAUGCCUGAGAAAGCUGAGAGGGGAGAAGUUACAGGAAGAAAAAGAUUGUGAUGAUCAGAUACACAAGCUACUGCAGGAGGAUUCCGAAAUGGGGAAGAGGAAAGCUGAUGAGCAGAAAAAAAGGGAUGAAGCAGUGGUGCUGAAAACAAGUCUGGAGCAGUGUCCUGCGCGUCUCUCGGAUUCAGAGAAUGAAGAGCCUUCUCGGGGCCAGAUGAUGCAGACCCAUCGCUCCGCCUUUGUUUCUAAGAACAGCUCCUGCUCCUUAGCGUUCCUGGCAGGGAAGUUAAACACCAAGGUGCAGAGAAGUCAGAGCUGCAGCGACACAGUUCAGGACAGAGUGAGGAGCAGGCUCAGAACAGCUCCGCCCAACAGAGCCAAGAUCACAACUAUAACUCCAGGCUCCACCCCCAUUAUUGGUGUUCUCUUGUCUACUCAAAACAACCGCUGCCUCUCUGCCCCUGACUUAACCAUCGAAAAGCGCCUGCCCUUCGGCUCCCUUUCAUCCUUGGCUUCCUUGCAUAAGCCAGAGCGCUCCAUCAGCCCUGAAAGCAAUGACAGCAUCUCUGAAGAGCUAAACCACUUCAAGCCCAUCGUCUGCUCGCCAUGCACCCCUCCCAAGAGACUCCCUGAUGGCCGGGUGCUCAGUCCUCUCAUCAUCAAGUCAACCCCUCGCAACCUGACCAGAAGCCUGCAGAAGCAGACUUCAUAUGAGGCCAGCCCUCGCAUCCUCAAGAAGUGGGAGCAGAUCUUCCAGGAGCGGCAGAUCAAGAAGACCCUUUCCAAAGCCACUCUCACCUCCCUGGCUCCUGAAGCAGGGGAAGAGUUUCCAGGUUCUGACACAAUCCAUUCCAGCAAGGAGAGGCCGUCUCUGGCCUUUAAUACAAGGCUGUCCAGGGUCCAGGUGCUCUCCGAGUGUGCUGGGCCCACCUCCACUGCCCUUGAGUGCUUCCCCUCUGUUAACCAGACCAAAGUAGAACAGGACUGUGUUAGAAAACGGAGCCGUGAGUUCUCACUGGAAACCUGCCAUUCCUCGGAGCACGGAGGAGCCUCCAGUGGGCCUUCUCUGGAACGGGAGCAGUGUGAGGAGUCAGGGUCCACCGUGGACGCCACAUUAGUCAAAACUUGCAUAAGCACAGUCAUGAAGACUGCAGCGGUUAAUUCACUGCUACCCAAAAAUGAUGUUUUGGGUGGGGUCCUCAAAACAAAACAACAACUGAAGACACUCAAUCAUUUUGAUCUGGGUAAUGGCAUUCUGGUCAACAGCCUAGGAGAGGAGCCGAUUCCUUCCCUGCGCAGAGGCCGGAAAAGGCGCUGUAAGACCAAGCACUUGGAACAAAACGGUGUUAAAAAACUGCGACCACCGAGCAGUGACAUGGAUCUGGCCCCCAAGGACCCAGGGCUGCUUGAGGUGGGGCGGAAAUUGCAGCAGGAGGAAGAGGACCAGCAGCUGGCUCUGCAGUCACAUCGCAUGUUUGACAGUGAGAGGCGGACUAUGAGCCGGCGAAAAGGAAGCGUAGAUCAGUAUCUCUUGAGGUCCAGCAGCUUGGCUGGGGCCAAGUAGCACUUGAUGUAUAGAAUAAUGUUACCUGCUUCAGAGGUCCUUGACCUGUCAUUUAUCCAAAAGAGCUAGCUGAAUGUUCUCAUUUUGAGUUUCUCUCAAUGGCAAACCACUGUCUGCUAUGGUUCUGAGAGGAUCCAGAGCCUUGGUAUUCAAAAGCCAAGUGUCGGCAUCUUUGGCUUUCUAGGACCAGGGCCAGUACUCCUCACUCUUUGAGUGAGCCAACUCUGAAGGCUUCUGGGCCCAAAUCUGGCAGUACCCACUUGGAGUGAGCUUGGGAGUGGCCCUCAUUCAUGAAUGUGAGGGCCAGUGUUAGAGAUGGUAGGGAGAUGGGAUGGAUACCUUCUCACACUCAUAAAGCCCCUGGCUUCUUCCCACAGAGUGGUGUUUAAGUUAGCCUUGCAGAUAAACAUGGAUUCUUUUCAGAGACAAGCAGUGCCAGUACUUUGGAAGAGCCAAGAUAAAUAGAUGCUCACAUUCAUCUUCCCUCCCCUUCGCUACAUGUUAUUUCUACAUACCCAAGUCAGUUGAGCUCAGAACUUUUACCUCUACAGAAAUUAUUUGCAUUCUUUGUCUAAACUAUGACAUUUGAUUGAAGCAGUGUGGCUGACGCUGGUCUUCCUGCGACCUGAUUGCUAAGUGCUGUCAGCUGGAUGUCCAGGUUCUCUUAGCUGCCAGGUGGCCUAGCCCAGACUGACCACUGGCUCUCAGGCCACAAGUCCCAUGGAUUCUCUACAAUCACAGGGUGUCCAAAGGAAGUACAGCCUAGGGCACGCCAGGGCCAUGACUGAACAUGACAGUGCAAAGCCCACCUAGAAGCACUUCACCUUGCCGGGAUGGAAAGCAGGACUGGAGUGACUUCCCUGCCUGCUUACUGCUCCUCUUCUCCCGGGAGCCCUCGCCUGGGGCCGAACUGGGAGGUUUCCUUACUACUUCCCACAUGGCAAUGGCAAAACUUCCCUAAAGUCAGGCAAAGGACAAAGCUGAAACUCCAUACUGUGGAAACAAGGUAUCUAGCUGGAUGCAGCUGGUCAAUUCAGUCCCAUGGACCUUUGGGGUUUAUUUUUCUUAGCAGCUUGACACCGUGUGUCUUUUGCAUCCCUGGUGGUGCUUGGUGCUUCUGCCCUUCUGGGCUUAUUGAGAAUAGGAUUAUGAUACGGUUUUAGGGACUCUCAGGUGGGCUGGCCUUUCCUGUGUGUGUGAGCUGUUACAUAGUCAUGUGACUGUCAUUUUCACAAACCUUCCAGAGCUUUUACACUUUUGUUCCCUUUAAAAGGUCCCAGCAAGAUACUCCAUAGUCAUCUGAUCAGAAUGCUUCUGAAACGUUCGAAGCUAGAAGUAGCUGGAGCUUAGACUCACUUUUCUGUGCCAAGGGAGAUGUCAGUCUCUGGGAAUUCUAGAAGAGAGAACUUCAGAUUUGGAGUUAGACAGAAACUGGUUGAAGCUUCUGAAGGUGGGAAGAAGGAUGUGGACUCCCAAGCACUAUGUCCCUUGAAGCAGACAGAACUUAAUUUCUCUGCAGCUCAUAGUUGACUGUUCGCAGGAAUGUUUGAUGUGUAAGGUGGCCAUUAGCAAGGUGGCUUCAGAGGCUGCUCUGGCAGGAACUGUGUGAGUCUGGAGUGUGUGUGUGUUUUUAAAACAUGAAAUAGUCUCAUUACUUUAUACUCACACGGCUUUACUCCCCAUCCUAGGCAACUUAGGGCUUUUCAGGGCUGCGGGAAGGCAGGCCAGCACCCCAGGGAGGAGAGCUGGCCCCGGCUGCGGACACCGGAAAAUCCCAUUAGAGAAAACUUAGAAAUGUCUACCAAGUCAUGUAUUUCCUUUAUGAGCUUAGUAAUUAUUAUUGGAAGGCUAGGCUUACUGGGUAGCUUUAAAGACACUUAUUUUUCCACUUGCCACCCUUUUAUAUGUCACUAGUGCUUAGAAAAACACUUUCAGUUGGAAUUAAUUUUUGGUUUUGGUAAGAAGAUAAAAUAUUUUAAUAGAUGAAAGAUAUAUAUUUUAAAUAUUCCCCUGCCCCUAGUGACUACCUUGAGUAGAGUGCGCAGCAGUGGCAACAAGUGUGGGCUCAGGUGCUGUUGCUGCUGAGUGAGUGUUGCAGACACUGGGCUGUCCCUCUGUACCCCACCCCACCCCCCAGGGAGACCCCAAGGACUGUAGACAGUGUUCUUUCCCAUAAUUCCUGCUGAGAGCAGUGGCCCUUGAAAUAGAGGCAAAACAGUUUAUGUUGGGAAGGCGUGGCUUAUUCUUUAGUUUGCUUACCCUUGAAAAUGGAAAAACUACUAACGUAUCUGCAUACAAGAUGCUCUCAAACUCAGUGAAACCUGAACACUUCAUUUCUGAGAAUUCCCCAUCUUGGUGUUUGACUGAAGUCCAUUGCAGCUACAGUUGCUGAUGGGGAUCCCAUAGGAGAAAAUGGACCAGGGAAGAGAACGCUUGGGAGGCUGGUGAGCUUGAGUGGAAGACAUCCUUUUACAGCUAGAACUAGCUGCAGUCACUGCAGUCCUAGCGACCUGCACACUGCCCACAUUCUGCUGUGCUCCUUAGUGUGUGUGCAAAGAGGAAACUAGGAGAGACAGGAGGCUAAGUCUUUCUGAUGGGGAAUCCAAGAGAUGUGCUAUGCCUCAAGAGGGCUUGGUAGCCCUUCUCUAGAGGGGAACCCUUAUACCUGUUUGAAGAAGUCAUCUAAAUCAUCUGGGCCUGAUGUGCUGGUAUCAAGUCGGGAAGUACUCUGCCAGCACCCAGCUUCUGGCCUCGGGCCCUUAGUACUCUGCCAGCACCCAGCCUCUGGCCUCGGGCCCUUAGUUGCCUCUUUAAAUAAAAGAAAAGAAAGAAAGAAAAAAGUCUGCCUGAGACUUGACUAGAAAUCCUUCCUAACUGACCUCAUUUAUUUAAAAAAAAAUUCUUUGAUUAUGGAAGAAGUACUUUUUUUUUUUAAGUCUUUUUUUUUUUUAAGGUAAAAUGCCCCUCAAAAAUUAAAGCUAUUUAGUUAUUGUCUGAUUACAAACUGGCCACUGACUAAAAUGGGAGGCUAGUGAGGGAGGCUGUGUUCAUUCAGAAGGCACUUCUGAGCUCUUAGACCUGCCACCCUGUGCUGGGCCAUGUGUAGUGCAGUGUGCAUGGAUGCGCUUGACCCAAGAGUAUAUCCAUGAACUUUGAAAGGCCGUUCCAUCCCUGGCAAUGCUCUACAAUGUUCCUGUUCAGGAGAUCUGGCUCAGCAGAUCACUCACAUUUUCUAUACCUUAUCAGUAUUUCUGAGUUUGAUUAACUCUGCUUUUUCCUAAGUAAUUUUCCCAAGGAAGAAUGGAUUUUCCCUGCAGUGAUUAUAGACUAGUCUCCCCUGUUCAAAGGCUGCAUUUAGCUCAAAUCCCAAGAAAGGAGUCAAGUCUGGAUCGCCCUGACAAAGCCUGUCCUUCACUUGAGUGACCUCCUAGUGCAUCCCAAGCUGACAGUGGCAGUGACUGGGCUUUCUUUCUAGCUUGUCAUUGAAGCAGAGAGCCAGUAGGGAUAGCUAGCUAGCCCAUCAUUGGGUUAAAUUUGGACCAGCAUCAACCCCUACCUUUAAAUGAAGACCCACAGCUCUGGUUCCCACUGUAGUGCUCCAGGGCCCAAAUAAUUGUGAAAGUUAUGUGGUUUGUGAAGGGGACAUCCAAAUGACAGGUUUUAUGAUGUUUGUUUCUUCUGUUUUCUUCAGUUAAGAAAUACCUGUAUCUCCUGAAUACACCCACACUAUAUAAAGUACUUAGUAGGGGGUACCCCGUAGUGUGAUUUAAGUCAUUGGUGAGAUUUUGGUUGGAGUAGCUGUGGUUUUAAUUAACAGCCUUGGCGGUUUCUUUCACUCAAACUCCAUAGGGUCCUAACCCUUCCUUAGCCAGCCCUUUCCUCACCAGCCGUACAGUCCUCUUUAGACUGAGCCCUUAGGAUGGAUGGAGCUGGAGUUCUUAGAACGCAGCAGGAUUUGAGGAUGAGGCUGCUGCACAGAAUUUUUUUUUUUUUUGGUGGGGGGUGGGCAGGGGCAGAGAUGACAGAGAUGCACAUUUCCCAGAUUGUUAUCCAUGGUAGCAUUCUGAGGAUUGUUCUGUGGAAGAGACUUGGAGGUACACAGAGGUUACCAAUUUUUAGUCAUACAGGAUGGAGGAAAAAGUGCCAUGUCCCCAUGAGUAGACAGCUUUGUGUAUUGGCAGGAUUUUUUCUGAGGGGGAAAAUGCACUCUUGUGUUUCCUAAGUUUGUUGCCAGGAGUGUGGGAACUUACACCACACGAGAGCUGACCCUAGACUCUGAGGUCCCUCACUCCCUCACUCUUCGGAGUCUUGGGUCUAGGAGGAGUUAGACAAGGCCAUGCUAAGGCCAGACUUGCUCAUGCCCUUCCCAGUGCUGCGUUUGAGGCACAGACAGUUCAGCCUUCGGAUGUCAAGCUGGGCCGGGAGCAGCUUCAACGUGGUUCCAGAUACCUGCAGCUGCAGCCAGGGUCUCUCUAGCUGCUACCUGCCCUCCAAACCGAGCCUCAGUGGAGCCCAGCAGAUCCCAGUUUGCUCAGGCAUAACCACCAGCAAAGCAAGCAGACAGACUAUGCAAGACGGGAAAUAACUAGCUGAAAUGCCAACUAUGUUUGUUUUUUUUUCUACCUGAUAACACUGUUUACUUAUAACUGUAUAAAUAUAGUUGUCCUAAGAGCCAGGAGGGAAACCUUUCCACCUAGAAAUAGAAUGGUUGUCUGUUGGCUUUAGGCCACCUGUUACAGCUCCUUGUGGUCUGAUGAUUGUGGUUUAUUCAACCUGUUUACAUUAGAAUUGGAGAAGGGGCCCUGGAUCUUGGUGGGCUGCCACUGCUGUCUGUAUCCCCUUGACUCCUAAAGAGCCUUUUGAUAGAGGGACUUGGGACAAGGUAUGCCCUGUCAGGGAUGCUUUUACCACAAAGGAAUGGUAUGGAAUCAAGUGGGAUGAUUGAUGGAUGAUUAACACAGUACCAAAGUGCAUUCUUCAAUGUGUAUGUGCCUGUUCCAGGCAAGGCCCAAGUUGAAAAUGCAGUAAAGCAGACUCAUGAAAGCAAA